AUGGCGGCGUCCCCGGAAUUGAGGCGGCUGCCGUCGCCGGCGGAGCUGGAGCCCUGCCCGCUGCCGGCGGCGGAGCAGAGCGGCAGCAGCAGUGGCGGCGGCGAGGGGUACAACACACCGGCGACGAAGGAGAGCGCGAUACCGGCGAUCACGAGCUGCCCGCCGGCGCCGAGGAAGAAGAGGCGGCUGGAGGUCUCCUGCAAGCGGCGGCUGCUGGAUCUCGAGCUGUUCAGGGUAGCCCCGGAGCUGAUGGAGCUCCUCUUCCGCCCUCUCGAGGAUCAUCCUUCUCCGGCCACGAAGAAGCGCAAGAACCGCUGCCCUGGCUAG